AUGCUGCAAAACCUGUGCGAGUUACUUAGCGAAGAGCAGCGGCUUACACUCCAACACUCACGUGAGUACUGGACGACGGAAUGUAAAACAUGGUUUAUAGGGAGAUACGACGCAGAGCACAGCUUCUCCGAGUUGUCACAACGACGAGUCACAUAGGAAAAUGACCGGCUUCUGUCUGGGGCUCUCCAUACAGGGAUCCUUUCGGCCUAUUGUAGGCGUACAGGGUUAAGGCACAGAGGUAACAACUGAGAUUCUGAAAACAGCCUAACAAAGACGAACUAGGACGAGUCCCGUCAACGCCGCUUCCAGGCAUAUGCACGGGUUUGGCCUGAUCAGUCAGGACGACUUGAACAAUUAUCGACUAGACUUGUCAUUGUGGCAACCGCGGACACAUCUGCCUAUCCCUGGCAUCUUGUUACACAGUCCUACAUGUAGGGGACCUCAGAAGUGAUCGCCCGUCAGCUAAAUCAGUUCGGUAUCCGCGUUGCCCACAAGCCUGCAUCCUCGCCGCGCACAACCUUAUCUCGAGUAAAGGAUUCUAUUCCCAAAUAGGAGCAGACUAACAUUAUCUAUCGCAUCCCGUGUGCCAAUUACCCUUUGCGUAUAUGUUGGUCAUACACGGCGACGCCAGGAAACUCGAAUUAAUGAACACGAACUAGCUCCCCGUCGCCGUGACCCACUGUCCCCUGUCUUUGCACACGCACUCCAGUGCGACCACCGUUUCAAUUGCAUGACACCGAGGUCAUCGCCACGGCCAACACAAAAGGGGCGAGGGAAUUCCUAGAGGCAUGGAACUCUAACGCGGACAGCAUCAACCGCCACGUUGACCUAGACGUCCAUUAUCAGGGCCUAAGAUCACGCCUCUCUAAGCCGAGCCCCACGCCGCAUCAGCGGCCGCUAAUCCAGGCGUCCGCAUUUCCGCCUACCUACCAUUCUCCCUCCCCUCUAACACGGGGAGCUGUAACUGUUCUCUCCCCCCAUCCGGCUCAGAACCCAGCAUGACCCCCUGCCCGCCUCACUCCUCACACGCUAAUGGUCCGCCCAGCAAUGUGUGUCGUGUCACGUCAACUAGUUUAGUGUGACUGUCUCACUUUCUCUUUUAUUUUCAUGUCGUCUGACGACGGGUUGGUGUCACCAACUCGAAAAUUCGCGAGUAAACUCGAUUUUUUCCGAAGAACCCCUUCCUUUUUCAUUAUAUGGUCUCGGAAUGCAUAACACUUCUACUAUACAUAUAUAAGAAUCCGCUUCUCUUUUUCUAAAGGAGCCUGAAUACCGCCACUUCCGUUUCACAGAUGGCAUUGCUUGAUUGUUGUUUAUUACGCUUACAUUUUGAUUGAUUCCCCACCAGUCUCUAAUUUUGUUAACAAAACAAAAGGGACGCCCAAAUACAAGUUCUGUUCACACUCAUACAUGUGCCGACUCCUGUCUUUUUGUUAAUGACAAGUAAUCUCCGCCUUUUAAGUUACUCUGAUUGAUGUUUCAUGUCACAGUCAUAAAGUACCAUUCUGUGGGGUAAAUAUUUGUCCGAAUUCAUGUAUGCAAGGCACUCUGAAGCAAAUACGGCAACUUGAAGAUAAUUAUUACCUGCGAAAAUUUGAUGAAUUUCCUGUAAAGAUUGAACGACCAGAUCAUUUUAAUUUAUAUUGACGUCUUUGAUGCUUUCUUUUGCUAAACCCCACUUUAUUGUAGAGCAGAAUGCAGCGGACUAUCUUGAACUCCAGUUUCCGGGUAGUUGGGAUGAUAUUUCAGCCCAGCGCCAGUCUCUUUUCCUAUGUUCUCUCUGCCGAGCGUUGGGACUUUCUUAUUCUUUCAGUCAGCCCAGGUUUGUGAACCGAUAAGCCCUUACCGAUUAUUAUAGUGAAUCACGUUAAGCAUCUUUUUUGAUCGCUCACAUUCGGACAAAUCGUUUAUUUUUGCCGUCAGGUUAAAACACUUUCUUAAGAGACUUGCCCCGACUCGUUUAACAGUUAAGUACCACCGACGCACUAGUCGGGGGUGAGUUCAGUCUAGAUUCGCGGAGCGCUAGUAUUGACUUUUUAAAAAAUGUGUAUAUUCAAGGGCACGCUUUCUGAAGUCGCUAUUUCUCGAUGAAUGCGUAGCUUAUUCCGAGGGACCUUCUGUUUUCCUCACGGGUUUUGCCAUCAACACAAACUAGUAUAAGACUGAAACACUAAUUUGCUGAGAUGUCUUUUAUGGCAAAGUCUACGGGAAACAAUCCCUCAGUUUCCGUUAUUACUGGUGAUUUUUAAAAAUCGUCCCUUUUCUGCAUCUGAAUUUCGGUCGAUGCCGGUUAACUUCUACUGUGACCUUCGACUGCAGUUCAAUUAACCUUCUAUAGUCUACCUUUUAAGGGUUCUUCUUAACCUUACGGAGCCUUAGUGUUUUAUUCACUCCUUUAAGUCGAAUUAGCGGGGCUUAAAACUUGCCUUUCAUGUUUUUCUUUUACAGAUCAUUUCGUCCUCGCGCCAUAGAGCUUAAGCUUCCUGAGAACUGGAAAUUUGCAACAACUCGUACCAUACCCCAGAAGAUUCAAGGUGCGCGUGUACUUAUUCCUACCUUUCACGUCCGCCAUCCCGGAUUGCAUUGUAUAUUUGAUAAAGACAUUUGAGGUGCUAACUAUCUGUUUGUAAGGUAUUCGCGUAAGAACGAUCGGUGAGCGUCCCCUACCAUUAUUCGCACACUAUUUAACUAGAAGGAAAUUAAUUUGCGCCGAAACGAACUGAGAUAUUUGGACGUAUGAUUUAGUAAAUUGAAACUUUUGACGUGCAUCAUGAAAACUCCCCUGUCUGGACUUUGGUGGUCGAUAUUCAAAUCUCCCUCUGGGAUUUCAUAUGCAUGGAAAGCAAGCUGGUGGGAGUAGCUAAUAAUAUGAGGGCGGAAGCCAACUGGCGUUAAUGGCGUGAGGAUGAUUAGUGACCAAUCUUAUGAUGGUCUCAAUCCACGAGCCUGUGAAACGUAGGGCAUUAACAACUAAAGUUGGAAAAGUAACGUUGCACGUCGACUGAAGUACAUCGGAAUGAUUUCAUCCUAAUUAUUUCUAACACAAGAGGUUUCAGGCAUGCGAAUACUCACAGAUUUGCCGGCACUGUCAUCUGAUUUGUCUACCUGCGCAAGCUACCCCCUUUUCUUCGCAAUAGUUACCUCUAAUACGGCCAGACUCCCGUCAGUAUGAUUAAAAAGGGCAUCGCAUAAGCCCCAGACAUCUACGGACUUUGGAAAGGAGGACUUUCCUUUUUGCACUGGUCGAAAUUUGUGUUCCGCCUUACCGCUGACAUGGAGAAAUACGUACCAUCAGCUGAAUUCCACUGGCAAUGGCGAUUCCCUUUCGCCCUAAGGCCCAUAAGUCAGUUUGGACCCGGAAGCUCGCUUGUCUUGGAUGUUUUGCCUUUCCUGCUACUGUAAGCACGGAGUCGCCUAUUGAAUUUAAUAGGAGUGAUCAAAAACACGGAAGUAGGAUUUCUAAUCGAAGCAUAGCAGACUUGCUCAUGUAGCUGCGAGUUAACGGACCCACGUCUCCCACAACUGUGCCAAAACAACAUCCUAUGUGAGGAAGGCGGAAACAGCAGCAGACCCCUCUGGUUACGGCGACGCCUCCAAACCUUAGCCAGAAACUUCUAGUAUAAAAACCUCCGAGGCAAAGUUAGAAAUCUACAAAACGAUGCCGGUGCCAGCUUCCAGAGCUUGUUCGCGUGGCUCAUUAAAACACUCUAGAUUACCACCUGGUAUCCGGACGUCAUUCCACAGUUCGUUGCUUCAUUCCAUAUCUUUUUUUGUCCGGAAUCAGCUGGCUUCAGAUAGCGAGUCUCUCGGUUUGAGGCCCUAAAAAUAAAAUUCUUUGACCGAGAGUUCCAGGAAUAAUUAAAAUCAUGUCUUGAAACUUCCACCCGCCUAGGUCUGCGCAAAAAUAAUGCAACUAGAGUAGCUACUCUUACCUCUUAAAUAAGGCGUUCUUUAGAGUUAAAAUACACAAACCACCCAUUCCACCCUUCAGUAGCUACUGAAUUCCUAACAUCUGCAAGUCCACUUUUCUCCAUUUUUCAAAUCGUAAUGGAUGUUCAAUGAGGACACUUAAUUGGGGCUACUACUCACUGAAGGGAAUUUAUUGUCUCGGAAAAGAUGUUACGAAGCUAAUUAUAUUAAUUCGCCUUCCAUAAUGGAUUACAUCCCGCCUUUCCUUUACGUGAGCGCAUCUGUGUUUGCGUUCCUCGUCUAUCCCUCAUCCUGCUUCUGACAUUGAAAUUCCUAUCGUCACGCGAAUUCAACGAGAGAAGAAGUUAAUUUGGGCCACGCUAUGUUAUGUCGAGCAAAAGCCUAAUGGAGUUUUAACGAACGUGCAACGCCGUCUUUGGCAUUGUGGAUGAAAGGGCAGGACACGCAAGGGUGGAGUUGUGAGGCGAGAUAAAACCACCUCGACAUUGAUGCCAGCGAAAUGCGGCGUCGAUCGUUAAGACAUCCUGAUGUAGACGAAAGCCAGUUACCAUAUUAAAGACCUCUUUUCCGUGAUUAACAGGAAGUUUCUUCUUGACUACUCCGACGAUCGAACACGAGCGCGGUCGUCUAUCAUGAGCGGACCGCCUCUGCUCGGCAGGAGGCAAAAUAAAGUAAUUUAGAGAUCGUUGAAAAUAUCUAACUGUUUCCGAGAACUUCUUAAAACCAUGCUCUACCUGUGGAAUCCUGGGAUAAGACAGUUUAGAAAUUUCUCGAGGGCCUGCGACCGCUUUCUGUAUGCCCAGAGUGGGCAUCGAACCAUCAGUGUCUCUUCAGAGUUAGUGAUGCAAGUGUACAGUUACUCCAGCUAGAGUAAACGCUGUUUUUAUAUGUUUUUUUUUGGAUAAAGCCAAAGGCGCCCUCUCAGCCAUCUAGCAUGUAACUCGCACAAUGAUAUUUCGGGCACAAUUAUUCGUCCGAACCAUUGUCUUUCCGAGGACGCAGUGGCGACUUUCACUUGGAUUCAAUUAAAAAAAUGGAAUUCUUUGCCAUACGCCACACUGUCACUUCCAUUAUCAUCAUGUUUCUUCCAAAAGGCACGGUUAGGACGACUGGCAGUGGUCGCAGACGCAGUGACUUGCAUGACUGGAGCCACGUCUUCGUGUACUACUUGUGUGGUGGUCCCCAUAAGUGCAGGAUUCGGAACUAACAGGGGGAUAUAUUUUUCACCGGAGGGGCCUGACAUAAAAACGAAGUUAGGGAAAUGUCUUGCAGACUAAUUCCUAGUCCGGAGGAGAAAUCAAUAACCUCGUUAUUUGACGACCGCUGAAACCAGAGAUUUUAUCUUAUCGUGAUAGUCUAGAAGUGCCUUUUUCACAGGCAGAAAGAUAACUGAUGGAUCUGCAUUUGAUUAGGCCCAAGUAUCUCCUGUCAUCUUACAAAUUACAAGUUCAGGUCAAGACGACUUAAGGCGAAGUCGGGCACAUUUACUGGCGCGGAGACAGGUGUCUGUCUAAGGCGUGACAGGCCGUUUGUCUUUUUUGAAGGGGGUGGGAAAGUGGUGUCCACCUCACUAAGCUCAUUAGCAGUAGGACGAAUGAAGUUGUGGAGUUGUCACUCUUGAUUGAAACCGUCAUACUAGGUUGAAAACCCACUGACCCGUUCGGAUGGGGCGAUUACUGUUCUCACAGUAUUAAAUCGCAGGCAUUUAUCUUAUUAAAAUUCAGUGAGGGGACGGAAUAUAUCCUGGACAGAAGUUCGCUUUAAUAAAGAUUCUAGUCGAUUUCCACUGACGUAUAUCCUAGAGAUUCUUAUGACCGAUCGAUGAAAGCACAGAAUCUACAUAGUUUGGCGACACCACUGCAAAUUUUCCGAUUAUUUGUGAUCCACCUUAGCGCCAUGCCGAAAGCCACAAGCUUUUUCAGUACGCUUUCUGGCAAUCGACGCGGCAGCAUCUUUCAUUUAUAAUUAAUGCAAACCGUGGCUUCCAAAGUUUUGCCUUCAAAAACGAUCGAGUAACCAACAACCGACGUAUUUUGUUGUGGAUUUGUCUUAGGAGUCGAAUGAUGCUGAAACACUGGUUCGCGCGCACCCUAGAGCUCAUUUUUUAAGAGUGCCCUAAGACCUUUUGUUAGACGCCUUGCCGUCGUAAACUUAUGACGCCAGUAGGAUUUUGGUUCUGGAGACGGAAGUCCGGUCUCGCUUCACUGACUGAGUUGAAGGCGAUAGUCAAUGUUCAUCACAAGCAUCUUGAGAAACCCACCCUGCCCAAAAAUGCCAAAGUAAACACUACAGUUACCACUCCAUUUAACUCCUUAAACUGAUGGCAGAGUUAGUCAGGCAAAUCAGAAGGAACUUCUAGGCCGCCGUAUUGAUCUCCGGUAAAUGGGUAUCAGUGAGUAACGGCAUUCAAAGUCGACCGAAUCAUUCGUCAAGUCAGUUGUAGACAAGUAGUAGCUCAUCCGUCUGACCGACCCCAUUUAGGAGCUCAUCUGCACAUGCCUCUCCUAUUGGACUCCCCCCUCCCCUGUUAACCAUCUAACACCUGAAGGUGUGUGGUUAAGUCAGACCUGGAUAGGACCCUAACUUGACGAUCCUCGAUGUUCGAAAUGGAGCGCCAACCGGACACUGGUUGCUAACAGCUUGGCCAGUAAUCACAGGGCACGAUCACUGGAUCGGGAUAGCAUGGACUGUUGUCGGCUAUACUAAUGGUAACCGGACCAAGUACAAGUUAUUUUGAAUUCCACUCACGACGUCAAUCCUAACAUCCUGGUCAAAACUUCUCGCUGACGUAAGCACUUCCACAACUCUUCGUCUUUCCCCAACCUGCGAGGUGUCAUUUGAUCCUUUUUUCUAAAGAAAUCACCCAUGCAUCACUGAUGCUGCUGGUUAACCAGACACCCGUUAUGGAUGACAUCCCGAGUUAAUCCAAUGAGUUAUUUUCCAAUACUCUUGCAUUUUGACUCCUUGAGAUGUUUGUGUGUGUGCAGUCGUACUUGAUUACAGGGGUCAACUGUUCUCGUGUGUGUCUCCAAAGAUCAAAAAUAAGGAAACACGAAAGUUGCAGCGCUUAAAUCUUUGAAUUCAUCCUUCCCAAGGUAUGUUUAUGCACGGACUAAACCCAAUCUGGACUGUUUUUUAUCGGGCCUCGAUGAGUCAACGAAUUGAUGACACCACUACGUGGUGUCGAAUCUGAUCGUGGUCAUCAGUAGCCGUUGACCCUCUCCUUUAUGGGCUUCCUCGUGUCUUUCAUUAACACUAUCGUGAGUUCCUGCUGUAGAUAAAAGAGUUGGACGGUGUGCCGCCAAAGUGCUUGUUAUAAUCAUAGCUUAAUAUUCUACCACGUCGACUUGUGCUCCUAUCCCAGUAAGCUCGCUAAACCGUCCAGUAUUUGAUCAUGCCUUUGAUAACGCUACAUCCUCUCACCUGUACGCUCUAGUUUAACGAUUCCCCAGGGUGUUACGCGGGGUUCUAUGUCGAAAUCGCACGUUGACGCUAGCUGACUAACCUCGAUCACGCUGCCCCCUCGCUUUACUAGCAUCAGGUUUUGACCCAUCGCAUGAAGUGUCUCGUGUAACCUUACUUUUUAUCUCUGUUGGCUUACAUACAAAAGCUACGAAAAUAGAAGUGUCUUUGAGCUGCGUAUUGCAUCAGGCGAAACAUUCCUCAUGCUUAAUGACCGUCUGCCUGAUAAAUUUAGGCACUUCCGCGGAUCCUUGGACCUUCUUACCGUGAAAAGGACACAGUACGCACGACGUCGUGGUACGAAGUCGUGUUAGUUGCAGAAUUUUGGCAAGGCUUUGAAAGUGCCAGCAGACUUCUGACACUAUUCCGGCUACCAUAGUGAUCUGUUUGCAUUGCACACUGUGAAUGCUGGGUCAGGCACGCUUGAAACCAACAGAACUCGGGGUUUCUCAUCAAUCAUUGCCUCGACUCGAUUUGCGGACCUCGACUCCUUUGUUGCGACACCAUCGCAGGUCGCCUGAGGACGACGGUUGAAGCGGCUUGCCUGCGUUGCUUCUCCAUGCUUGUGCGCGUUCGGUGGGCUUGCCUUGCUUUCCCUUACUAGAUGCACGUAGCGGCAACCAGCCAAGAAUCAAAUUCAAUGCGAUUUAUCAGGAUGGCAUGUAUGUUGAUUCUCGGCCUCCAUACUGGAGAAGUAGGUUGGGGGGGGGGGGGAGAGGGCUCAAUAUAAAUUGGGUCAAUAAACCUAACCUGGAGUCAAGUUGUAGGCCCUUCCGGCCUGGAGCUGCCUGGCCCACGAUGACAACUAAAAGAAAAGUGGACAUUUUGGUUUGUUCUGUUUUUGUAGUCACUUUUCAGUCUAUGCAUAAAUGUCACAAUGUCACCGAGUACAGGGGCUUUAUAAAGGAGGGCAAACCCCAGAAUGAAAAACUCACAAUCAGGUUAGAUCGGAUUGUUUAGCAUUACACAGGCCUUGCCAAGGAAGGAGUUCUUCUUCAAUUCAAGGCACUUGCUUUUUUCUUGACUAACCGACAGGCAUAGUGGAUAACUGAGAAACCUGCAGGUACUAUGGCGCACAUAUAGUAGCCGGCAUAUAUCAUAAAUGUUAACUGGAAUUUUGAAAUGUGCUGUCGAUUAGAAGAGGUUACUUAGAUGAUGUUGUAAUAUUGAUUAUCAUACAGCAUGAUUCCAGGAUAUUUCAAUUACGUCAGGCUGCAGGCUUUCGGUAAAACUUCUUUCCGGUCGCUCGCGUAAACUGCACUCAGCCAAGCAUGGCUACUUAUAUAGUAUAUUUUUUCGUAGAUUUCACUCAGAUAUAUUUUAUAGAAAAAAAUGGGCAAAAAUACCCUUCCUUGUACUCAUUUGGUAGAAAUUCACGUUUUCUCAAAAUUUUUUACCCGAUAAAAUAUUAUCUUUUGGUGUUGAAACUUUUUCAAUCUCCAGAUAAUUAUAGGCCUGACCCGUAGGAUUUCCAAAAUUCAUGCUUUAUACUUUCCGUGUAAGGAAGAUUCCACAUUUCAUCACCCUUUUAAGAAAACACAAUGUAGGGCUUUUGAAAUUUUGUAAUGGAUGUGGACAGCGUCAUUAGAAAUCCCACAACUUUAAACUUUUUCAGGACUGAAAGGUACCCUUCCCUCAAGUAUGCAAUUCGAAAAAGGACGUAAUUUACUACUGAAUGAGUACAUAAAAACAUUAUGCGCAUGCUUUAUAUAAAAUGUAUUUGAAGCAGGCGUGGACAGCAGAACUUAUUGGUAACAGCAACUUUCGCAACGGCUUAUCAGAGCGAAAAGUGCCUGAAAAAUAAGCAGUUUGCCAUGUAUUUUUGCAGGCGACCGGGAUGAAUCUCCUGACGUAUCUUCGGGUUAUGUUACAUGAUAAUCAAUCUUACAGCCCCGCUUACGCAAUCCUUCCUAAUCAAAAGCGCUUUUCGGAAUUUUGGUCAACAUCUCAUGAGAUAAGCUAGCUGCUGUAUUUUCAGGCAGUCGUUUUGCGCGAUUCAGAUGACAGGGCUGGAGCACUAUAGACCUGUGGAUAGAUCUUCCCAAAGGCACACUUUGCCGCCACCUAACUCCUGGAAGCCACUCCUCUGUCAGUCAUUCUCUUACAUGAAGUAUCUUUGUCAAUCAGGGACUAAAACAUUGUUCAAUAUGGACCUCGAGCAAGCGACGGUUUAUUGUUGACUCACAAGGUAUCUAUACUUUAUAAGUGUACGGUUAAACAUAGUGGUUGUAAGGGUCCUCGACCAACUAAGUGACACUGCGUGAGUCUGCGGCCACUUUCCGUUCAUCUAAGUGCUGCAGUAAAGCUGUGGUGUUAACACCUGUCUGGAAGCACAUUGGACACCCGUUAACAGUUUUAUGACCAUCGGUUUCAUUUAUGUUUCUGUAACUGAUCUCUUACAUUAUUUGCGGAAUUUCUGUCGACCCAGAUUAUACACGAAAUUUAUUUCCUGUACGUUUCAGCCUCUCUCACUGCCUGUCGUGCUUGUCGUUACAAACCGAAAGUCAAACGCCUCCCUUCGGUGCAGCCCCCAGGACCUACACCUACGAAAUUAGAGGAUUUAAUGCCGCCGGACGUUGACGGAAGUUGCGAGGAUGCUAAUGAGUUGGCCAAGUACUGGGCCCAGCGCUAUCGACUUUUCUCACGUUUUGACAACGGCGUCCAAAUCAACCGAGGUUUGUGUUUACACACGGGUCUCUGGUUUUGAUACGUUUCUGCUCACUAUUGUGUCGUUAUUUUGUAGCCGUCUUGUCUCAACUUCGAUUGGUAAGCAAACCGACCGAGGAGAAAAGUAAGAACGGCAGCAUCCGGAAAAUAUCGUUUUAUAGUAUCCUCCGCCAGCACUGCCAGUAGAUUUCCCUCUACGGCUGUUUUCUGGAAGAAAACAUUAAGGGUACGGUUCAAUUCCCUAGGAGUUCGGCCUUGCAUAGAUUUCAUUGACGCUCAGUUAUCCGGGUUUUGAUGUUAAGGUGGCGGCCUUCAUGCAACGAAGCUUUGAUCUUGUCCCUGUCUAACGUGAACGUAGCAUCUUCGCUCACGAUUCAUUGGUGCUUCAGUUUAGUUGUUUAACAUGCAGUUAGAGUGUGCCUUUUUGGUCACCUGUUACACUUUCAUCGAACUCCUCAAUCUAUUCAGGGAGAAGUUCUAUGGUCGUUAAAAAUCUUUAAAUUUUCUCAGACCGGAAAUGCCAUGUCCUUGUGUUACGAUACUUAUAUGUGAUCUGUUUAUGACACAUACACAUGUGAAAUCUGAGUUGCCUUCCUCGUGAGAGCCUGGUACACGCCGCGUAGGAGCCGGGUCGUGUGUAGCACGCGUAGGGCUAUUUCAAGUAUGGAAGUCUCUAUUGAAAUCGAUCUGCCCAUCGUCGCGAUUCUUCCCGUUCUCUGGGAAGUAUAGUGGCGCGUAAAUUUGUACCAAUUACAGGAAUUUUCAUGUUCAUACAUUAGCCUUUCUGUAAAAGUCGUCCUCCAGUUGACCCGGAUAAUGUUCAUGUGAGAGUUGUAAGAGUUCUGCCAAAUUUUGACAGUGCCCAAAUGGACUUUAGUGGAAUUACGAAAAGUAUUCUGUCAACUAUUCUUUCUGUGUGCAACUUAGGAUGUGAUGUAUGUGCAGUAGUGGACACGAUAGAUUACAGUUAUAAGUACCCUUUUAUCACGGAUGUCCAUGUGCUAAAUUCCAGAUGGUUAGAAAGAGGGUUGGGGUUAGUGUUGGAGUUAGGGUUAGGAGGAUUACCGUCAGGCUUUGGGUUGGAACAGGGGAAUAGGUGUCCUCCCCUGAAAUUUAUUUCAAGGUCACCUACAGCACAGAGGGCGUAUCUAUUCCCGUGUCCAACCAUAGACUUUACCACUGAAUUUGGCGCCUCUGACGAAUGA